GGUUUUGCUUUAGCACCUCUGCACUCAAUGCGACGCUUGGCUCGGCGCCAACUGGACAGCCAUGGGUCAGCAUUUCACAAGUCCAAAGUUGAGCGUGACGGUGCUUUUGCCCAGUGGCUCUGGUGCGGAGGUCUCCAUUCCAGUGAACUCCACGCUGGGAGAGUUGCUCCCCGGUACGUACGCAAUCGCCGCAGGCUUUUGGAAUGGUGUCGGCUUCGACGGGUUUCAAUGUUGAAAGUGGCAGCUCAGAAAUCUCUGGGGCGUUCGGCAGGCGACGAAAGAUCGAAGGCUUCUUGCGGUUGGUGAGGGACGGGCGUCUACUGGAUUCUCAAGAAUCUGUCCAAAGUCUGCAGCUUCAGGAGGGUGACACCCUUUGUGCUGUGGCCUCCGUCCCCACCGUGUGCGCCAAUCCUCGUGCCUUUGCGGUCUACUUCCGUGGCGGGGGCCUGGUGAGCUGGGGCAAUGACGGAGAUGCGUCCAGGGUCCAGGAGCGGCUGAUCAACGUGCAGGACGUCCAAGCGACCGAUGCUGCUUUCGCCGCACUUUUGGGUGAUCGAACGGUCGUCACUUGGGGCCAUAGACAUUGCGGCGGUGACACUCUAAAGCUCCAGGAUCGAUUGAAAGAUGUGCGGAGCAUUCACGCGAACAGUGGCGCUUUCACGGCCCUUUUGGAGGAUGGGACGGUGGUUGCAUGGGGACUCGACGAAGUCGGGGGUUACUCUGGUCGCAUUGAAGAUGAGCUUCACAACGUGCGCGCGAUCCAUAGCAUGCAGCGCGGCUUUCUGGCGGUGCGUACAGAUGGAAGAGCUGUGACAUGGGGGGGAGAAGCUUUGAUGGAGGGUGAAAUGAUUCAGGCACCUGAGUUGAGGAAUGUUCAAGCAGUCUACGCUACAGAUAGGGGUUCCUCAGCUGCGAUCCUGAGUGACAGAACAGUCGUCACAUGGGGUCAUCAAGCUUGUGGGGGCGACAGCACUGAGGUUCAAGAUCAGCUUAAAAAUGUUCAAGAGAUUUACUCUUCUGGGGGUGCCUUUGCAGCGCUCUUGAGCGAUGAAACGGUGGUUACAUGGGGUCAUUCAGGUUACGGUGCCGACAGCCACAGGGUGAAAGAUUUGCUGAUAGGGGUGAAGUCGAUCACUGCGAACCAUCAAGCCUUUGCUGCACUUCUUGCUGAUGGUCGUGUGGUCACUUGGGGCAACCCACGCUACGGAGGCGACGCCCCUCAAAGCGCCUUGGUGCCACGUCUGGAAGGCGUGCAGAAGAUCUCGGCGACCAAGGGGGCCUUUGCUGCGCAGCUGAGGGACGGACGUGUGGCCACCUGGGGCUUGGACUCCUUGGGCGGAGACAGCUCCCUACAACAAGGCUCGCUGCAGGCUGUGACGGAGAUUUAUGCCACACACUCCGGCGCCUUUGCGGCGCUCCGCGCAGAUGGACGUGUGGUGACCUGGGGAAAUCAGACCUUUGGUGGCAGCAGCUUUGCGGUUCAGGAUUUGCUGUACCAUGUUCAAGAGAUUCAUUCCACACAUUGGGCGUUCUUGGCUCUCCGAUCGGACGGUCAAUGCGUGACAUGGGGCCAUCCGGAUCGCGGCGGGGACUGUCGAGACGUUCAGCAGAAGCUGCAGUGGCUGAUGUGAGGGAGGAGGUCUCAUCA